AUGACAACUUUAAUGUGCAAUCCACCCGCAAAGGUGUCGUCGGCAGCUGUCACCCUGUCCUUCAGUUUUGGAGUCUUGGGCUUCGAGGGUUGGCCUCUGGCGACACUUUCUGCUUCUCCCCGGGCGCUCCACCAGACGCCAGCAGCCGACGGGGCAGACAGUUCUGUUCAGCUUCAGCAGAAGAACACGGCAAUCGUCCGGAAGAAGCCCUCCCUCCCCAGCAGCCGAGGCGAAUAUGUCGUCACCAAGCUGGACGACUUGAUCAAUUGGGCUCGUCGGAGCUCCUUGUGGCCAAUGACUUUCGGCUUGGCCUGCUGCGCCGUCGAGAUGAUGCACAUGGCGGCCCCCCGCUACGACAUGGACCGCUUUGGGGUGGUCUUCCGAGCCAGCCCCCGGCAAGCCGACGUCAUGAUCGUGGCGGGCACGUUGACCAACAAGAUGGCGCCCGCGCUCCGGAAGGUCUACGACCAGAUGCCUGAGCCUCGUUACGUGGUCUCUAUGGGGAGCUGCGCGAACGGUGGUGGCUAUUACCACUACUCUUACUCUGUGGUGCGGGGUUGUGACAGGAUCGUGCCUGUGGACAUCUACGUUCCAGGUUGCCCGCCUACGGCCGAAGCUCUUCUCUACGGAAUCUUGCAGCUGCAGAAGAAGAUCAAGCGGGAGAAGAGGAUCCAGAUCUGGUACCGCAAAUAGUUUUGCAUAUAACUUAAGCUGUUGGACUGACUGCAAGCAU